CCUAAUCUCCUUUCUUCACCUCCUCUUCUCAAAACUUCCUAUCUUCUUCAAGAAAUUCUCUCAAUAAUUCAAAAACCCUAAAAGCAAGAAAGAGAGAACAACUCGUUAAUCGUAGGGUUGUCAUGAGCGGCGGUGGGAACACAAUCACCUCCGUGGGAGGUGGUGGUUGUGGUGGAGGAAGUAGCAGCGGUGGAGGAGGAAGUAGUGGCGGUGGUGGUGGGCCUUGUGGUGCUUGUAAGUUUUUAAGGAGAAAGUGUGUUCCGGGUUGCAUAUUCGCACCAUACUUCGACUCGGAGCAAGGCUCGGCUUAUUUUGCGGCGGUGCAUAAAGUUUUCGGGGCAAGCAACGUCUCAAAGCUUCUCUUACACAUACCGGUUCAUCGACGGGCUGAUGCAGUUGUAACCAUUUGCUAUGAAGCUCAGGCUCGGAUAAGGGAUCCUAUCUAUGGUUGCGUUGCUCACAUAUUUGCUCUUCAGCAACAGGUGGUGAAUCUACAGGCAGAAGUUUCUUACUUACAAGCCCAUUUGGCAUCCCUAGAGCUACCUCAGCCGCAAACACGACCACCGCCUCUAACGCAACCACAACCGCUCUUCUUCACUCCGCCUCCGCCUCUUUCCAUAACAGAUUUGCCUGCAUCAGUCUCACCAUACGAUUUAGCCUCUAUAGUCGAUCCACCGACGUCGUGGGCUACACAACAACGAAGAUUCGUUGAUCCACGUAACCAAUACGGUGGGUCAUCAUCAUCUUCUUCAGCUGCCGUGGGGCUCGGUGGUGGAAACAGUGAUCUUCAAGCAUUAGCACAUGAGCUCCUACAUAGACAAGGAUCUCCUCCACCUGCAGCUACCGACGGCUCGCCGUCUCGGUCCAUGUCUAGAUGAGUUUGGCUUUGAUCAAUAUAUCUGCUCUUUGUUAUUAGGAAAA